AUGGCUGACGAAUACAACGCCGAGGAGGCCGCCGAGAUCAAGAGAAAGAGAACGUUCAGAAAGUUUUCCUACCGUGGAAUUGAUCUUGAUCAACUCCUCGAUCUCUCCUCCGAUCAACUCCGCGAUGUCGUCCACGCCCGUGCCCGCCGUCGGUUCAACCGUGGCUUGAAGCGCAAGCCUAUGGGUCUCAUCAAGAAGCUCCGCAAGUCGAAGCAGGAGGCCAAGCCAAAUGAGAAGCCCGACCUCGUCAAGACGCACCUGCGUAACAUGAUUGUCGUGCCUGAGAUGAUUGGCAGCGUCAUCGGUAUCUACUCCGGCAAGGAGUUCAACCAGGUCGAGAUCAAGCCUGAGAUGGUUGGUCAUUAUUUGGGAGAAUUCUCUAUCUCUUACCACCCUGUCAAGCACGGAAGACCCGGUAUCGGUGCUACCCACUCUUCGCGUUUCAUUCCACUCAAGUAA